AUGCCGAAACAGGGGUACGGAAAAAUAAUACUCCUGAGGUGUUUACAUUUCGGCCACUGCCUCCAUUUUCCUCCUCUUAGAGCAUGUGAGGCAGUAAAAAACUUGGAGAGAUCCUUGGACACUGUUGGCAUUCCUGUUUUGGCAAGAAGAGAAACUGAUGGUUAUUAUUAUCCUGGCACAAUAAUAAAAGCUAUUAUAGAGGGCGAGAAAAGAACCUUUCUUGUACAGUUUGCCAAGUCAUUUGGACUGAGCGAGGACACAACAUGCGUGCAAGAAACAGCCAGCAGUGACAUGUUUGAGUGUGUGAAUGGAAUGAGGCAUUCCAUACUGCCAGGUGAUAAAGUGCUGGCACCCUGGGAGCCACAGCAAAAAAGAUAUGGCCCUGGCACUACCAUCCAAGGCAUGGAAACCAGGGAUCCCUUGAGAGGGAAAGAAGAUGAAGAAAUUAUAGUCAGUUUCUGGAAUGGCAAGAAAGCCAAAGUCCCAUUGGGUGUAGCCCUGUGGAUUUCCCCAGUGCAGUGGGAGAGGAUUGUGGAGAUGAUCCAUAUGCCCCUUACCAGCAGGAAAGCAUCUGAAGGGCAACUCCAAAGACCCGGUCACUACAGUGGCUCAUGUAGGGCUAUAUCAAGGUCCAUGCAUGGAUGUGCUGUAGGUGGCCUCUGCCAGCUCCAGAGGCCAUGUUGCCCUUUCAUCUUCCCUUGCUCCAGGUGCCUUCAGCACACAUGCUCAUUCUUUGGAAAUUCACAGUACGCUUCCUGCUGCUGCCCUAAAUACAGUGGCUGCUGGUGGCCACCCUCUUUAACUGAACCAUCCCAGAGAAAUGUUGAAGAAGAAGAAGAGUUCAGCAGCAAACCACUACUGGCAGUGGAAGCGCCUCCAAAGGAAGAACCAGCCACUGUAGUGUCCAGCUCUUCUUCUUCAUGCUCCUCCAGUUCCAGAAGUGGCACAGAAACAGGUUUGACCAAGACUACAAUGGUAGAUCAUGCAGUGAACACGGAUUCUAGUCUUUUUGAAAAGUCCAAGCUGCAAGAAAUCAGGAGGCCUUGUUGGAAAUACUGGAAGAGAAGCCACCCCAGCUCUCAUCAUAACAGCCACGGAACCAAUUAUACUUUGGACAGCACCUGCAGAAAGGAAAGAUCUGAAACCAAAGCAGUUCCUUAUAUGGAUCCAUCCCCAACUGCACUGAUCAACCACAGUGCCAUGUUUGAAACUAUUGAACAGUCUCCUCGAAGGCAACUUACUGUGAAGGAAGUCUUGGGCCACAAAGACACCAAACCAUCCUCAGGAGGAGAGCAAUGAACACAGUAAA